UCCUGCUACAGUGAACCAGCAGCCACUCUGCAGUUGUUGUCGUGUUUGGCUCGAAGGAGGUUUCGAGGUGGAAGCAAACACAGAAGGAGCGUCAAAAUAAUGGAGUUGGAAAUAUUGAAGUUCAUCUGCGCCAACCAAGGAGCAGUUAACACUGAGGAUUUGCUGUGUAAUCUUGGCUCAAGCGAUGAAACGAAUGAGAUCAUUCGUAACCGAGAGAAAUUUGCUUUGUGUUGUCCUUUCGGGCAGCCGAAGGUGGUGGCCAGGACCAGCCUGAAACUGUGCAGAGGGAAAGAAUGUCCGGGAGGAUGCGGGGGGCUUCACCUGUGUAGAAAGUUCCUCUUAACUGGAUUAUGUCCCUUCACUCGGUCGAGUACAGGAUGCAGAUUCUCCCAUGACCUGGAAUCUUAUCACAAUGCGGGAUUGCUGAUAAAUCAUGGGCUGGAGAGCCUGAGGCGAGCCGAGCUGUGCACACUGCUGAUGCAGACCGAUCCCUGGCUCCUGCCCCAAAUUUGUCAUAAUUACAACAAUGGUGGCGGGCAGCUCGGCCUGUGUGAGGAAGGUUAUAAUUGCACAAGAUUGCAUAUCUGCGAGAAGUACCUGAACUCCAACUGCAGCUGCUCCAAGACUCAUGAUUUGAAUGCUCCACAACCAUACAAGAUCCUGUCUGAGAGAGGCGUGCCUGACGAACUCAUUCCCUCCUUGAAGUUUGUGUACGCAAACAUACUGGCUCUGAGGUACGCUGGGGGCAACCGCCAACCGCGGCAACUAAAUGAUGCGAGCAGUGACGAUGGCAUGAAUUGGCACCCAAUGCAGUGGUACAGAGGGAGAGGGGCAGUUGGUUUUCGGGGGAACAGAGGCAACAUGGGCAACAGAGGCAACAUGGGCAACAGAGGGAACUGGGGCAACAGAGGGAACAGGGGCAACAGAGGGAACAGGGGCAACAGAGGGAACAGGGGCGACAGAGGCAACAGAGGCAACAUGGGCAACCGCGGCAACAUGGGCAACAGGGGAAAUCGGGGCAACCAUCAACCGCAUCAAAACUGUUCCAUUGAUGAAAUCCUUGCUGACAUCGACACCUUAGAUCUGUACAGCGAAGACGGUCUGAACGAAGAGCCGCAUCAACAGCCGCAAUGUACCCGUUCCACUACUGACAUGCCUGGUGCUGACAACAGUGAUGAUGGAGCCGAAAGAAGACCAAGACCUGUCAGAGAUAAAACGGAGAUAUGCUUGUACUUCAUCAAAGGACACUGUAAACAUGAGGAGCGAUGUCUUAAAGCCCACGACAAGAUGCCGUACAGAUGGGAGGUCCGAGAGGAUGAUCAAUGGACCGCCUUACCUGAAAAUGAGGCGAUUGAGAAGGACUACUGUGACCCCAAAAACACAUACAGCAGCAGCAGCCCACCUGUGCAUUUUGACACAAUGUCCAGUGGAUCGAACAAAGUACGACGACUCUCAACCGUGAACUCUCUGCUCCAGCCAACAUUCAUCCACACCACUGAGUGGGUUUGGUACUGGGAGGAUGACUCUGAAGAGUGGAACAUGUAUGCUUCAUCUGCUGGUGGGCGCAUUAAGAGCUCUGACCUGGAGCAGAAGUUUCUGAACAAUGACGAAGAUGUGGUGGAGUUCACCGCCGGUUUACCGUCAUACUCACUGAGUUUCCUGGACAUGUUACAAACAAACGAGGAAUAUGGCACUAAGAGGCUCGUGAGAAGACGGCCCCAGUUUGUCUCCGCAGCUGAUGUCGAAACAAGGAAAGGGAGCAGAAGGCCUCUCGUUUUGGCUAUACCCGCUCACUGGGAUGCAACACAGACUCCUCAACCAGGAUACGGGCGAGUCUCCCUCCAGCGCUCCUCAGAAGAAUUUAAGGAGAUUGAAACUCUCUUCCUUGUCUCGAUGAGAGGCUUUGACGUUGUCAAAAUAGAGAGGAUUCAGAACAAAGCUCUUUGGGAAGCCUUUGAGUUGCAGAGCAAACGGAUGAAGGACAACAACAACGGGCGCAGUGUGACAGAAAAAAAGCUUUUUCAUGGCACUAAGUCUGAGUUCGUAGAUGACAUCUGCAACAGCAACUUUGACUGGAAAUUAUAUGGAACUAAUGAAGUUGGCCAAGGUAGUUACUUUGCCCGGGAUGCAAAAUACUCCCACAGCUACACCGGUGACACUGAUGUCAAAUCCAUGUUCGUCUCACGGGUGCUGGUGGGAGACUACACCACAGGGUCCCCCAAGUGCGGCCAUCCUCCUUCCAAAGACGGCGGGGACAUCACCUUCUAUGACAGCUGCGUAGACGACGUUAUUGAGCCUUCAAUCUUUGUUGUGUUUAAGAAGGACCAGAUCUACCCCGAGUACCUGCUGCAGUACAAGAUAACGCACCCACUUGCCUUAUUAGUUGCCAGGUCAGCACCGGCAUCGAGACCAGUACCGGCACCGAGACCAGCUCCCCAACCCACCACAUUUUCCUACCAACGCACCACACCCUCAUCCCAACCCACCAUAUCCUCGUACCAACUCACCACACCCUCAUCCCGACCCACCAUAUCCUCGUCCCAACUCGCCACACCCUCAUCCCGACCCACCAUAUCCUCGUCCCAACGCACCGCACCCUCAUCCCGACCCACCAUAUCCUCGUACCAACUCACCACACCCUCAUCCCGACCCAGCACAUCCACAUACCACCAACCGGGCCCAUCAGUUUCUGCACCCAGCAGAACAGUUAACCGACCCGCUCCUUCUGCUCUUCCUCCAUCACCAAGCCCUAGCCCAAAGAAAUCGCCUGAUUCCUGUGUCAUUGCUUAAGGACAAAGUUGAAGUGAGGUCAUAAUAAUGACAUUUGAAUGAGCUUGAUGGCACUUGUGCUGAAUGCUGUGGGCACUUUGGGAAUAGAUUAAGGGUUUGACUUCAGUAUUUUCCAACCUGGACCCUAUUUCCCAAGGUUUUUUUAAUUAUUAUAAUUUUUUCUUAGGUUGGAGUUCAGAAAGGAUAGCUUAGUGUUUUCUAAAAGAUGUUUAAUGUCAUGGCUGAUUUCGACAAUGUGGAUGUGACGUGAGAUUUCUGAGCGAGACUUGAUUAGACACAAUAACAAAUGAUAAAGAAUAUUGUAUUAUUUCUCUGUAGGGUCCUUUCCAUAAUGUUGUAAGACGCUUGUAAUAGCAAUCUGAGCUGUCAGUGGCAAAAACAAGCACUUUUAGUGACAAACAUUGACGGUGGGCAAUUGCCACAAGCGAUUACGUUACAGACCAUUUCUCUCAAGGUUGGACCAAUUUUAAAAGAAAUUGCCAUCCCAAUUAGACAGUUUGAUACCAAAACAUGUGAAAAUAGGGUCCAGGUUGAAAAAUACCAAAGUUACCCUUUAAUUCACUAGUGUCACUUAAGACUGCUUAUGGAAGACCAUUUAACGCAAAAAUGGUUUAGUGCACGGAUCAAAACAGUGAAGUAGAAUAAUAACUGCCUGAGUGAAUAUAUAAAUAUAUGUGAAAUUUUAUACAUCACAUUGGCAUUUAAAAUGUCCGAUGGUUAUAAUACAAAUGUCAUAUUUAGUCAUAAUUACAGCAAGGAAUAGAGGGCUAACCAGUGUGUACUUAUUGAUCAGUUAAAACACCACUUGAAUGUUUUGUGUUGAUGUUUAAUUUGCUAAACAAUACAAUUCCACUACAACUAAGUAUAUUGCUUUUUUUUUCUUUCUUUUUUGCACAUUUUGCUAUGGGCAAGCUGCUGAUUUUGUGAAUUGAAUAAAUAAAUGUAAAAUUGUUGUC